AUGUAUUUUUUAGUUAUUUCUGCUGUGCAGUGGCGUUUGUUUAUGGGUGGAGCUGGUUCUAGAUUAAUUUCUGUCUUUUGUAAAUAUUUUAUGAAUCUGCGGUUUAGUAUAGAUGCACUGCAGAUGCUGAUUGACUUUAAAGCGUCUAAAGAUAUUUACCCAAGCAGGGAAUUAAUGACUCUUUUUAGUGAUUUACUACCCAUCACCAGUGACUCUUGUUUACCUUCAUUCUUAGCAGAGUGUGCGUAUGAGUACUUUUACUGCAGCAAGCAAGAGGGCGUUCCAACGAGAGAGGAGUUUUUGGAGUGGACUAAAAACUGGAUGGAAAGCACCAGUGCACGCAUUUUACGAAUAAGUCUUCCCAGGGACAAGUCGGUGGUAGAUGAAGCAGGCACGCACUCUAUCACCACAGGGAAACAGGAGAAGAACUUUCUUAUUAUAGAUAGCAAGGAGAUUAGCAAAAACAGUCCAGUGCACAAGUCCAGAAGAGAGUUUAUACAAAAUCUAAAAAACAGGCAGAAAGAGACUGACCCAUCGAUAAAGAGAGUGCGCAUGUCUAUGUCUGAGGAUAUUUUAGAGGCAAGGAAGGAAGUGCUUAAAAUCACACGCACACCAAAACCCCGUAUAAAAGAUGUACCUAUUGAAAGCAGCAAGUCUAUAAAAAGCAAUCUUCUUUUCUUUAUGACCAAAAGAAGCACUGAAUGCACGGAUAAGGCAAGUAAUCUAUUUAUAAAGUAUCCAGGAAUAUUUUAUGGAAAUAUUUCCACUAUCCGGCGGUGCAAAGAGAUCAGUAUCCCCACAAGAAUGGUAUUUUAUCAAAUACACGGCCAAAUCCGCCCACCAUUUUAUGCAGUGAAGGACUCUAAAAAUGCUUUAAACCCCGCCCACACAAGAAACUCCUGCAGAAAAAUACUUCCUGAGGAAGAGUAUUUAUACGACUCAGAAGAAGAAUGGGUAGAAGAGGAUGGGGAGAGCAUUGACAAAGAUUCAUCAGAGAGUGAUGAAGAAGAGUCUGAAGAUGCCGAGUGGGUAGAGAAAGACACAAACGAACUGUUUUUUGGAAAAGGACAAUUACCGCGUAUUGACUAUCCUGUAUUUACUGUACGUAUGGUUGAUGAGGCCAAAGUAGAGUAGACAAGUUCUUAUAUCACAUAAAUAAAUUACUAAAUUUCAGA